AUGGCGUCAGAAGCCGAAUAUUCGAUCCGCAGAAAUGAGCUCUUUCAAAGUUUUUGCUAUCACGGCCAGCCUAAGGAUUAUGCAAAACUGAAAGCAAACAAGGAAAUGGCGUUGGGAAUGAAGGAGAAGAAAACUUACAGGAAGCAGAAGGCAACCAAGCUUUCGGUGAAGAGAGGUGCUCCGAGCGAGAAGGCUGGUAAAAAGCCAGCGGCGAAGAAGGGGAAGGCUGCCAAGGACCCUAACAAGCCAAAGAGGCCUGCUAGUGCUUUCUUUUUUUUCAUGGAGGAGUUUAGGAAAAUGUACAAAGAGAAGCAUCCUAACAACAAAUCCGUAGCCGCCGUUGGUAAGGCUGGAGGAGAUAAAUGGAAAUCUUUGUCAGAAGCUGAGAAAGCUCCCUACGUUGCGAAGGCAGAGAAAAGGAAGACCGAAUACAAUAAAACUCUUGAAGCUUAUAACAAGAAAAAGGUUAAGGGUCCAGCUGAUGAAGAAGAGUCUGACAAGUUGAGGUCGGAGGUGAACGAUGAGGAUGACGAAGACGAAGACGAUGAGAGUGGGGAGAUAAAAGGAAUUAGCCUACGAUAA